UCCGCCGACCAACGGCGCGCGGCAGCGGCACGUGACCCGCGGGCGCUCUCGCGAGUGUCGGCGCCCGCCGGAGCGCCCCCGCCCCUCCCCCCGCGGCCUAGGCGACGCGACGAGACGGAAGCGGCCACGGCCCGACGGGACCGAGAGCGGCCCCGCCGAGAUGUCGGAGGACCUCGCGAAGCAGCUAGCGAGCUACAAAGCUCAGCUUCAGCAGGUGGAAGCUGCCUUGUCUGGGAACGCGGAGAAUGAGGACUUGCUAAAGCUGAAGAAAGACCUGCAGGAAGUCAUAGAAUUAACCAAAGAUCUCCUUUCAACACAACCUUCAGAAACUCUUGCCAGUUCUUACAGUUCUGCUUCUGCUCUGCCCAGUCACUCCUGGAAGGUUGGGGAUAGAUGUAUGGCGAUAUGGAGUGAAGAUGGACAGUGUUAUGAAGCUGAAAUUGAAGAAAUAGAUGAGGAGAACGGAACAGCUGCAGUCACAUUUGCUGGAUAUGGCAAUGCUGAAGUUACGCCUUUGUUCAACCUCAAGCCUGUGGAAGAGGGAAGAAAAGCAAAAGAGGACAGUGGCAACAAACCCAUGUCCAAAAAAGAAAUGAUAGCCCAGCAACGAGAGUAUAAAAAGAAAAAAGCUUUGAAAAAAGCUCAGAGAAUUAAAGAACUUGAACAGGAACGAGAGGACCAGAAAGUCAAGUGGCAACAAUUCAACAACAGAGCCUACUCUAAAAACAAAAAAGGCCAGGUAAAGAGGAGUAUUUUUGCUUCCCCGGAGAGCGUAACUGGCAAGGUUGGAGUUGGAACAUGUGGCAUUGCAGACAAACCUAUGACACAAUAUCAAGAUACCUCUAAAUAUAACGUCAGGCAUUUGAUGCCUCAGUAACAGGGGGGAAAAGGUGAAACUUCAUCUCUGCAGGGCUUUACACUUAUCUUUUUAUCAUUAUAUUUUUCUAAAAGUAAAUUAUUUGUUGGCACAUAGUGAGUAGUCCAUUUUGUCACCAUCACUUUGGCUUCAGCUGAUACGAGCCUUAAAUCUCCAGCUAUUGAUUUGACUCCCUAAUUGUUAAACUUUUUGUAGCUGCAUUAGAAUACAUUCUGCAGGUGCAAUGCUUUCAUGAACUGCUGUUACCUGUUACUCUGAAAGCAGUAGUUACCUGAAACUUUGAUCUACAGAAUCUUCCAUUCAUACUGGUAGUGAAGUUUUUUUUUUUUCUUUUCUUUUCCUUCUCUUUCUCUCUUUCUCUAAGAAAAGUGGUGGUAUAAAAAUGGCACCUUAACAGCCUCUCUCUUGUUUCUGUAGUCACGGUCCUGUCUGCUUGCCUCAGUGACAAAUUUAGCAUUACAGAGCUGGUACAGCUCUGGGAGAGAGAGCUAGACUCCAUCAUAGCCUGUACGUCAAAUGGAAUUGGUAAGGAAGUUCUAAAUUACUCCCUUACAAAUCCAGUGAAGAUAGAUUUGUACAGCUGUAAAACAAAGGCAGAACAGGGCUGAUAAUCUUUAUUACUAAUGAUGAUUCAUGUGCUAGAAACAAUAAAUCUGACUUUAAUUCCAGUCUGAAUUUCCUAUGCUAGAAGUUAAACAGAGGAUAUAUCUUUUUUUUUUUUGUACUCAUCAAAUUUUAACAGGAGGUUACUGAAAUGUAACCAGAAGACCAUAGGACAAUGUAUUUAGAGUCCAAUUUUAAAGUAGAGAACUGUACUUAAAACAAACAAACAAGGAUCAGAAAGUUGGGAAAGUUUAAACAAUUAUGCUUUGGAUGUGAGUCAUCGUCUCACCUCUUGUAGGUCUUGAACUUGUAGGUUUGAUGGUGUGGUCACAGACCUUGAACACACAGUGAUGUCUUGUGUCUGGGCUUUCUCCAUCCAGUAAAGUAGAACUGAAGCAUGGCAGACACGAAUGCCUAGAUACCACUUAGUUAGUUGUGAGUAAGUAAAGGUUAGUCUGAAGUUUCUGUCCUAAAAUAGACUGGCCCUAGUGUUCAUUGUAAUUUCAGCUGUAUUAAAGUGCUGCUGAGCCCCUUCAAUUUUAUUCAGGAAACCACGUGUAAAAGCUCUUGCAUUUUUGUAUUUUAUAUAUGUGAUUUGCUUUCCUUUGUUACUUGUCUCUCACUUACGGUAGUGGUGCCAUCUCUGAAUCCGUAAUGUGUUUAAAAAAAGUUAAUGGGUAGCCCUGUAUACAAUGUAGAUAUUAUUUUUGUAAAAUCUAGGGCUGAGUUAAUGGACAAGAGUACAUCAGCUAUAUACCCCAUUAAGUAAUUGAAGAGUGUUUCUUGUCCAUUAACCCUGACCAUUAUUUCCCUGUAUAUUAUGUUAAUGUAGCUCAUUUUGUAAUUUGUUAACUAGAUCAGGUCACGUCAGCGAUUGUUGAUGCACUGAUUGGUGGAAAUAUCCAUCAGUUACCUGAGUCGCAACUCAAGCUAAAAUCUGCAACUGGUAGUUUAGAAUCCAUACAUAGAAAAAGGUUCUCCCUAUUAAUGGGAGAAGGUGAUUUUUAUGAAUACAAAGUGUGUUAAUUUCAGUUUUGUAUGUUUAACUUUUAUUAAAUAAAGUGUUUAAAAUCUCCUGGA